GUUUAUUUCUGGCAAGUGUAGGUUCAGACGGUAGCGUUCGCCAACUGUCAAAGAACGUUCUCGCCAGCUGUCGCAGCUGGCGACUUUUCAUGCACCUGCAAAGUAACAAUCGUACAAUCAUGGCAGCACCGCGUCAGCUGCUGCGCUCCCAAUUCACAAAUGCCCAACGAUUUUAUUCGUCUUCUCGGAAGGUACAAGAACACGACGUAUUAUUCUUGCGCCAGCAAGGCAGAAAGUAUCCCAAAUGGCACGUCACGCCGCCUCUGCGCCUUGAUGGCAAAAUAAACCUCGCCUAUGGUGCUUCGAUACCAGCAUCUGACAUCAUUGGCCGUCGUAUUCUGGACCAAGUCGUGGAUUCCAAGGGCAACCGGAUAUCAAUUCACGACGUAUCGCUAGCCAGCUACAUCACCAACACUGAGAGACUGGCCACGCCAAUUUAUCCCCAUGAUGCCAAUACAAUAGUCAAUCUGUUGGAUUUGAACCUGGGCCGGCCAGGUGAAGACGACCAUGUUGGACAGGAUGCCCCUUUUGAAAUUUUCGAAGCAGGUACUGGCAUGGGAAGCUUGACGCUACAUAUUGCUAGAGCGCUUCACGGUGCAAACCCAGCCAUACCGAGCCACCUACGCCAGGCCAUCUCUGCCGCUCCCUUGAGCCGGGAUCUCGAACCAGACUCCCCGCCAUCGCUGGAUCUAGAACCAGAUAUGGUCCGCAAGUACGCAGACUACAAAGCAUCUCGGCGCGCCAUUCUCCAUACAUUAGACCGCAACCACAAACACACUCGCGGGGCAUUUAAGAUUGUGCGAAACUUUAGACGUUCGCAGUAUAUUUCUGAUAUCGACUUCCACAUUGGAAGUGUACAGGGUUAUAUUCAGCAAAGGCUCGAAGCAAACAAUGGUGAGCCAUUCUUGUCCCGAGCUAUCCUGGACUUACCCGCUGCCGACGAGCACGCAGAGGAUCUUGUCAAAGCAUUGCGACCAGAUGCAGUCCUCAUAAUAUUCAACCCGUCUAUUAGCCAGAUUGCCGACUUCCAAUUAUGGAUGGCAAAGACUAAGCAGCCGUUGCGGUUAGAAAAGGUCGUGGAGCUUCCCACAUCUACGGUCCACGACGGCGUCCAUGACGGAGUGGCGGGCGGCAGACAUUGGGAUUUGAAACUUGUGGUCCCACGUGAAAGUGAAGAAGGCGGAAACUCAGAACCAGCGCAAGUAAUGCGUCCCAAAGUCGGAGAUCGAGUAGGUGGUGGCGGCUUCGUUGGUGUUCUACGCCGUUGGCCUACUCAAACGACAACAGAGGAUGCUGACGCUGACUCCAGCCUUCAGGACUAAAUGCGGUGGUAUUUAUGCACAACUUGUACACUAGACACGAAAAUGUAAAUUAGAAAUGCAAUUUUGGAAUAAGUCCAAUAGAAAUAAUAUCCGCUUGCUAAGUAGGAUAAACGCCCGACAAUCCCGCGAUAAGUUUGCUAUAUAAAAAAGAGGAAAAGAAGAGAACGAGGACACACGGGGUAUAUAAAUAUGCAAUCGCUCGCUCCAUGUCAUCAUAUUCGUUGGCUCUGUAAAACAAACGCCUUCCAAAGUACUCUUUACAAAUAGCAAAGAGACAAAUAAUUGUAAAUAAAAUCCAAUGUCGAGAAGAACAAAGGUCAACUCCGUCCAGCGGUGGAUUAAAAAAAAUGAAAAGCCAUGUAUAAGCCAAAAUGAGAGCAGCGUGAGCCGCAUAACGCUAAAUAUAUGCAAUAGAUAAAAUCAUCAACAUUUCAAUCGUUGUGCAUGUGCUGAAAUAGGCGUAAUAUAUGCAAAUGAAGUAGGCAUAAUCGAGAAAGAUCAUGCCGUUAAAAAGUAAAGGUCAGAUGUGGACGAUUAUGACGGAGAUUAAUCCAUUGAACGAAUCUCUGGCGAUCGUGCGCAGCAAACCAUCAGUUUCAGACUGGUGCCAAAGUCUUCGCACUCCCGUAAGAGUGCUUUGUCGUCCCAGAUGCUACGUGAGGGGGGGGACUGAGCAGCACCAGCGCUCUCAUAGCAUCUAGAAUACCACCAGCGCCCAACGCGGGCAACCAUCUUGGUGAUCCCAGCGUCAGCAUCUGGGCUUGGAUCUCUCAUCAUCUCCGAUAGACUGGGGGGCUCUUUCGUAGUCUUUUGAGCUGAAGACGAUCUACCAUCAUAUGAGGAUUUGCCAAUGGAGCUCGCCACGGGAACGCCAACAUGGGCUGCCUUGAUGCCAGUGAAUCCACCAUUUCCGAGAUGCCGAAUAAUCAUGUCAGCUGCGGAGCCCAUAUGGGUCUUUGACUCUGCAACGUGGAGCUUUUCUUUGAGCUGACGAACCGCUCGACGUCCACAGUUGCCCAUGUUAUUCAGGUCCACGUCCAGAAUAGCCAGUUCGAUGAAGCCUCCUGGUUUCAGAACACGCCGGGCCUCUGUCACAAUAUUCCGGUAAUGUGUUUCGGGUGCUGCUAUGGGGAAGCGAUAAACAAUGGCAUCAAAUCGUUUGGCAGCAAAAGGGAACUUGUCAAAGUUGGACAUGUACUGAAUCUGGUGGUGAUUUGGGGGGCUGGAAGGGAAAGCAGCGGAUUUGGACUGCUCUGGAGAAACGGGGGGUCUUGGUGAUAAGUUAUAAAAGUCAAUCGACUGGUACGUUUCUGCAGCAUAGAAUGACCAAUCAUCAUUUCCUAGGCCAUCGAUAACAAGGACUGCUAGUCUGGCUUUCGGUUCCUUGCUGUUUGGAACCAUUUGGUGGCGGAGAUCACUGAACAUGACGUGACCAAAGGUCAGCCAUUUGCUCACAGUCAUAGAACCAACACGCAAAUUAACUUGCGCCAGCGGUGUUCCAUAAUCUGAAACCACAGAGCUGCAAUCGGACAGCCUGGUUCGGCUGGAAGAAGCAGUGCUUUGACGUUUGGAAUUUGGUUGAGCAGGGUCCUCUUCUGGUUUGGCAACUUCAUCCAGAGCUGGUGCUGGUGCACUGGGCUUGUCUGAUGUGGGACGAAUCUGGAAGGCGUUCUUUAGCCUGUCUGUCAUAUCGGAGCUGCAACAGCUGGAUCGCGUUUCAGCUACAGAUCGUUCUGAAAGCCUUUUACUGGAUGCCACAAUGGUUGGAGAUUCAGCCUUGACUUCUUGAACCAGGCGGUCAUUGUACUUCUCAAGGGGAAAAGGAACGCCCUUUGAAGAGGUAGUUGAUUGGCGUGGUCUCAAGGUUUCAUCAGCGAGAAAGUCAUCAUAUUCGUCCCAAAUCUCAUCUUCGGCUGGCGGGUCCAAGGGUGUUGGUAUGAUGGCAGUAGACGCGGCGAAAAGAACGGAUGCCGAGGAGCUUGAACUUGUAACCACCGUAUCUUCUGAUGAUUUUCUAGGUGAAAAGGCGAGAAAUUCGGUUCCCAUAUGAGUAUAAUCGACAGAGGAUUUGCCAGGCGACGCUCUAGUAGAGAGAUUCAUAGUGCCUGUUUCAACGGUCGAAUCUUCCAUGGUGAGGUCCGGUACAAGAUUUGGUGACUUUGGAGGAGUCGGGCCCUUCGCGAUAAACUGAGGAUCUGCAAACUGCGUUGUUCUAGGGGACACAGGGAGGCUCGCUCUAAAAGGCCGAGAAAAGCUUUUCGGAACUGGACGCUCAAUACGCUGGCUGCCAGCAAUCGGGAUUCGUCCAACUUGAGGCAAUCGGCUAGGUCGUCCAGAAGGGAGAAUGUUGGUCGUUGAUGGGAUUGGGAGCGAUGAGUUGGAUGAUGACUGUUGAGAUGUCGCCGUUGAGACGCUAGGCAAGACCGUAUUAGGCGGGAAGACCUCAGCGUCCUGAAGAGCGAGCUGAACGUCCAUGUUGUCGGGAUAACGUUCUGGAAAAUCCAUCAUGGCGUAAAACGGAACUGGUCGCUUCUCGACGACCGUCACCUGUGCGCUGACAGGUUUUGCUACCCUCUCGGGUGACGGUUGGCGAGAGCGGCUAAAUAAGUUCCAUUUGCGAGGUGAACGGGCUCUCUUCUGUAAUUUCCGAGGCAUUGAGUCCGAUGUAACGGAAGAUUUUGACAUUUCCUUUUGCAGUUCGACGUGUGAUUCAUCAGACAUGAUGCUUGUAUCCAAGCUGUUAAUUGCCGGAGAAGACAUUUUGCCGAUGGAAAUGGGCUGCGGAAGGUUGAGCGUGUGAAGAGUCUCUUCAUGGGCGUUUUUAAUCCGAUGUAGUGACCUACGAAGAGCGAGUGAAGGUUUAACAGUAGGCCCCUCAGACUCGCUGCUGUCAGAUGGGCGUCUUGACUGGAUGCUUUGCUGGCGCCGACGAGGCAUCGCUGAUGGCUGAAGUCCUCCAGAUUCUGGCUUGAAGAUGUCCACAGAAGAUGCCGUAUCUUGCGAGUCAAGACUUGGUCGCGAUGAUGCCAACUUUGCAAGUUCAGAAUUGCGAUUUUGGUUUUCGAUCACGCUUCCUCCAGAAAUCACCACUGGAUUCAUGCGAUCUGUGAAGAAUGAAUCCUGCGACGUCACGCUUUCUUGCGAUAACAGGCUCUCCUGGUGGCUUCUACCCAGAGUCAAACCACCACUCCGCCUUCUAAUAGAGCCUACACGGCCAUAGCCCUCAUAGCCUGUUCCGGCCGCGGGACCUUUGCGCAGCAGUUUCUUUGACUCAGCUUUCGCAGUAGCAUCUUCCUGAGUAGACUUUUUACGUCCAAAGAAAUGAAAUCUAGAAUUAAAUGACGGUGCAGGGCUGGGGCUUGCAGGCCGGCCCUUUUCACUGGACCUCUGUGGAGUUGGUCUUUUGGAGACAGGUGGGUGCGAUUUGAUGACUGUUGAUGAGUUGACAAGACCGGGUAGAUGAGACGUCGAGGCGCUUUUAGGCCCCAAGGGAGGUGAGGUGAGCGAAGUUUGCACAACACGAGCCGUUGACUCGCUGCCGCGUCUCUCAGUCCCAAUCGCUCUAGCGACGAUGGCUGUAUGAAUGACGGGUUGGGGAUCGAAGAAAUCCGAAUCAAGAUUCGGCGUCCCUUCCCUACUCGGGCGGGACGGCGGCCCGGUUUUUGUUGGUGAUACCUUGAGAGGGCUGACAGGCGAUUCCAUGUUUUGAACGACUGGUAUGGCGACCUUAGGAGCAGUCGCCGGACGGCGAUCGUUCUUAGAUCGAAAGUUUUGGGAUGACUUUCGCGGCGGUGGGCUGGGUAGAGGUGGGGGAAUUGCAACCCCCGAGGUCUGCAGCUUCCUGGUUCCGCGCUCAGCCUCUCUCACAGUAGAAUUAGAUGAAGAGGACGUGGUAGAUUCUCGAACUGCUGCUAGCCCUCGUGGAUCUCUGACUGCCGACUCAGGCUCAUUCGUCAGACUGCCAGUCCGUCGGCGGGUGACGGGUGGGCGGCUACGUGUUGGGCUGGCUUGUCGAGCCUUGAGCGAUGCCGCAAACCGUUUAGGCGCAAUGAUUCCUGGAGACUGGGAUGAAAUGGAUGUUGGUGUGGUGUCGCGACUAAUUGCAAAAGGGCCAGGCGACUCAGAAAAUUUGGUCGACGGGCUUGCACUGACUUGGCUGCUGCUGCCGGAAAAGAGGGCGUUUGGGGUGGGGGGAGGUAAGUCAUGAGCGGAAAGUUUAAACAGACUGUCGAUGCUUUCCUUACUCAACGUUAUCGAUUGAAUGUUUCGAUAUCUAUCGAGUUCGGGGUAAAUAGAUGGAGUAGGUGUAGGCUGAGUUGAUGUAAUCGCCGGUUGGGUUGCUUUGCUAUAUGAGACCUCAGCAGGGCUGGCUGUGAUGCUGCGGUCAAACUGGGCGACUGGGGUGGAUUCAAGCGAAGGUCUCGAUUUCCGUCGUUCAGAUGAUACUCCUAUGAGUGACGCCGAGGGUUUCGGUAUUCUCGCUUGUGAGGAUGCACUGCUUUCUGCGGUUGAGGAACGUUUCCGGGAAAAGUUACUUUGGACAGAUCUGCUGUUGCUAUCGUAUGACCGGCUUGACGAAGACGAUCCAGACCCAUUCUGCGUAUGUAGCAACGAAGGUCGUGCGCCUGCUGAAGAUAAUCCAUCGGUGCCUGUAUUCUGUGGAGUAUGCCUUGGUCGAUUACUGAACGCAGGUAUCGAAUGGUGGUGCGAAGAAGACCCCGAACCUACGCGGCGUAGCUGUCGCGCAUUUGAAGUAGCCGAUGAAGGCUGUGGCGGUAAUGGGUCUACCGGCUCUGAGGCGACAGGAGGUUUUGAAACAGAGCGGCUAGAGGGAAUUCGUGAUCUCAUAGGGCCCUUGUAGCCAUCAGAUGGCCGUGCAGGUAGCCCGUAUCCUCCUCUUAUGGAUGCCAUGAUGCAAUGACUCGAUUGCAACCAUGCCCCAGCUCAGCAAGCGAAUGUGAGCAUGAUCUUGUGAAAAAAGCAAAUCGUCUAUAAGAAUCGGAAGUCGAGAGGCAGUAGCGAAAGAUGGCCUCUUUUGCGAUACAGGUUGUGGGUACGGACGAACAAGCGGUGCCGUGCGGUAGACGCUCGGAUGGUCGAUGUUGGGUUUGUCCCUCUGUCGUGGUGGGCGCUUAAAUAUCGAGACAGAAGAAAAGGCGACCUUUGCAGUAUAUUCCUAGCACCAGGCCAAGAGUCUAAAAAAAAAAAUCCCAACAAUAGCCAAACGGGCGAAUAUGCGAACGAGAAAAGAAAAGAAAUCGAAACAGAAAUCUCAAGAUAGAAAAAAAUACGAAGGAAGAAAAAACCAGGGAAACCCGGAGGGGGGGCGCUUUUCUGGAAAAGAAGCUCCUCUCGGUAGCAGCGUGGACCGGGGGGUGGCCAGCACAGGAGUGGAGUGGGGAGGGGGGCGAUUUGUGGUUGACAGGGUCAAGACCAGCGCUGGUGGGGAAGCAGAAUCGGUCGCUUCUUCGAUGGUAAGCUGACAAGUUGGGGGGGUGUCAGUCCCUUGUGCUGCACUUUAAACCUGCAGUGCGUCUGUUUGCUGCAGGUCGCUGCGCCCUGUAGUCGUCUGGCGUUUAAAUUUGGUGUUUUUCAAUGUUCAGCACAACAGCGCUGGUAGGGCAGAUCCUCUCGACUGGGUGUACGAGCGAGGCAAUGUUGGCGAUGGGGAUCUGAUGGCGGAUAACGUACCUCUAAGCCGACCAAAGACGGGCAGGGCAACGCUUGGAUCUUGAUCCGAACAAGUACACAGUAGAGUAGCGUUCGCUGGAAGAGACGGGCCGUUCGUACUUGGUACAAGCUGCGGGCCUGUUGCCAUUAUUAUGGACAUUGUAUGGUGCACCCAGUCCCAAUAGACAGGCGACACUGUAGAGCCGCACACCAGAGGCUACAAAGCCCAUUGGGUGGCCUCGCUUUGCAUAGACUCUCUAUAUUCCAA